UUCCCAUUAUGUGAACGGCACCGGCAGCCUGGGACGCCUCAAGUUCCACAAGAGUCUCGUUGCCAGCGACGAGGAGAUCGAGUAUGCGCAGGUAUGUCAAGUCCAAGUGGCCGAGGCUCCAAGUGUCCAACUCAAUUGCAAGGGCCUCGAAAUGAAUUGGAUUGUCCCCCACACUGAGUCACGAUAAUGCGACAGGGUCCUGCAGUGCUGGCUCAAUUGAAUUUGUCUUGCGGGUGCUGGGUGGUAGUAGGUGGUGGUGGGUUGUUCCUUUGUCGAGUGGGUGGCUUGGCACAUUGGGGGUGGUUUCCCCCCGCCCCAUUGGGCCUGUGCAUUUGCGGCCCCCUGGCUGUUUAACCUCCGGCCGGUCGGGUCGUUAUGCAUAGUUUACGCUUCGCCAGGCAACCUCAACAGCCGCCAACAACCGCCGUCGUCGAUCAAGUGUUAAUAAUUCAAUGCCCCGGAAAUAGUCAGAUAUAUGUAUGUACCACAUACGCGCAGCUAGCAGAUGGAUCCAUGAACAGGCCUUGACUUUGGCCAGGGCAAUUAGAAAAAUUAACCAGUUGGCUUACUUUGUGGGUUGGUGGAAGAACAGCCAAUAUGAUGUCACAAUUUCAGGCUUCGUAUUUUCAUUUCAAAUUGUAGGGACGUCUCAUUUGACUUUUAUGUUUUUAGAAUUUUUGUCUAACUUUUUUUUACCGACUAAUUUUAAGAUUUUUAAUGGAUUUAAAGGAUAUAUCGAGUACUUUUUGUUUUGUUUUCUGCUCGCUUUUAAACAAAAAUGUAAAAUGAUCCCCAUUUAAUUAAGUUUUAAUUUAAAUACAUUAUACAAAACAAAGGCAACUCUUCUUUUCUCCUUUUUUAAAACAAUUUAUUUACUAUUUCUAAUUUAAAAUGCAAACAGUAUUUCUAUACUGCCAUAAUGGCAUACAAUUUGCGCUUCCUUGCCAAUGGCAUCAGGCCCGCGGGACUCCAAUUCCUAAUCCUUGCAAGCCGGUUAUUAUGGUCCGCACAAUGAAGCGUUAAUGAAAGAGCCGCGCGGGCUAUCCUUGCAUUUGUAGUUUGUAUCUGGUUAUUUGCUUUUUAGAACAGUCGUGGGCAAUAAACAAGGAAUAUGUAAUUUUAUUAUUUUAAAAAUGUAUUAAUUUUAUUUUAAAUAUUUUAUCUUUAUUAUAUGAAAUGAAACUUUUAUGUAUCUGUAUAUUUUAUUUUCUUGUUCCUAGAAGUUAUGCUUCUCCCCUAGGAAUGUUAUUUUUUUUUUAUACGAAAAAUAAAUAACUUUCUUUUGUAUGAAUUUUAUCAUUUAAUUCAGAUUUGUAGCAUCCCUGCUGUUUAUAAUUUGGACUAUUAUGGGUAUCACCUUUAGGACUAUUAUUUGUUCCGCACCUGUACAAUUUUGUGUUUUGAGCAAUUUGCGGGCUCUUUUUUCCUUUUUUCCCUUCUGAAUUCUUGUUGGGGAUAAAGCGGAGGCCAGUGAAAGUGUUGUCUGCUGGCUGGGGGCUUCAUCCAGUAUUCAUGAAAAUGCUUUCAAUAAAAGCAGGAAGAGCUCCUAGGACGACGGAAUGGGCAUGGGCUUGGCAAACAUAAUUUUGAUGAUGGUUUUCAGCACCACACCUGCUGGCUAUUUGAUGUGCCACAUUCCGCAGACGUGUAAAUACCCGGAAGUGCUGCUAUCUCGUUCAACCCAUAUCCUGGGGCGUUAUAAAUCGGAACGCUUUCUCGCCUCCAAGCCUGACGAGGAUCGAAGGCGACGCACCAUUAUCGUUGAAAAGAAAAACGACUCCUAUGGAUUCACCCUUCAGAGCUACGGUAUCCACUACAAGCGGGACGAGGAGCUGGAGAUGAUCACAUACGUGGACUACGUGGAGUACGGAGGACCAGCGUACCGGGCAGGAAUGCGCGAGGGCGAUGUCAUUCUCUCCAUCAAUGGCAACGACAUGGAGAAGGCCGACCACAAAACCAUUGUGGAGUUCAUCAAGCAGUGCGAAAGCAGGAUGCGCAUGGUCGUGCUCUUUGAGGAUUGUGUGCGGAAGGUGGACCUCCAUAUGCGUUACAUCCAGCUGCAGAGCAUGCUGCAGCAAAAGAUGAACGAGCUGGAGAGGGUUCAUCUUCGGGAGCGUGAGCUGUUGGAGGGUAAGUGGAAAACGCACAGUCUGCCGGCCCGGAAAAAGGCAAAUGCGAAUACCUCGCCCAGCGAAGGAGAGGGUGCUUCGCCCACGGAAGGCGGCGGUGAAACAGGAUUCUAUCGCCCAGCUCUGUCCACCGAGGAUGUAGCCAAUAUUGCGGCACGUCAGCAGGCAGCGGGUGGAGCUGGCAUCAUUCCACCUCCGGCUCAAUUCAUGCUCACCUACCACUACUUGGAUCCUACUUAUCGUUACGUUCUUCGUCCGACACACGGCAGUUCCGAGGACUACAUCGACGGAUUGGGACUCCAGCGUAGCAGUAGUGAUCAUCAGCAUGCCGGGCAGCGAUUCCUUCUCCAGCGCACAGAGUCGGUGGACACAAACACGAACACAAUAACUCAACCAACGACUACGGCACCCACGCAAUACCACAGCGCCACGGGGGGAUCAGGAAAGCCCCCUGCUCCACCCCCCCGAACCUGCGAGAAACACAAGCCUCCAGCCAAGCCUCCUAAAACGGAGAAGGAAAAGCACUGCCACGUCGGGCACUCGUGCAAUCCGUGCUUGGGUCAUUUCCGGUGGAAGUCGGCGGGAAAGGCAGCCAUACCGGCACCGGACAACGUCAGUCUGGAUGCAUACGAUCUGGCUAGUCCGUGCUGUGACACCCAUUGUGUGCCAACGAGGAGGCGCCAUCGCCAGCACAAGGAGCACUCGCACAAGCACAAGCAUAGGGAGAGGGAGCGGGAACGGGCGGAGGGCAAGGAGCAGAGGGUCAGACCCAAGUCCCAGUCACAUGCCUCGCCUAGUGCCAAUGGAGGUGUGGUAAAUACCGGAUCUGGACAUCACCACCAUCACCAUCACCACCAUCACAGUCACGACCAGCAGGUGAAGCAGCAACCGCAGCAGCACUCUCAGGGAGUGCCCCAUCACCACCACUAUCCCCAUCAGGUGCAGAAUUCCUGCCAGUUGCAGUCCCAAGCGGGCAGUACUAGGUCUCGAUACUUUGAUUUGGCGUCUGGCUUGGCUAGUCACUGUAGCCUGCACUCCUGCACGUCAAGUGAGUUUGCUCCAGGGGACUCCGCCUCAUACACGACUUCCAUAAGCACCGACACCUUGUUCUGGGAUCCCAAGAGCGACACGGCUCAGUCCAGACAGCACUCCACAAAGUCCAGACAAUCGUACGAGCAGCAAAUACAGCAGCACCAGGGCCACCAACACCACCACCAUCCUCACCAAGGCGAAUAUCAACAGCGCUACCACGUAGCCGCCAGCCAAAUGCAGCCAUCUCAGAUUUAUCCCAACACCAUUGCUUAUGUGCAAAAGCCCAAGUCGUGGGACAACUUGGCCAACAAGGCGGGCUAUAACUUCGGAUACGGGUAUCUGGACACGGUGGCUGUGCCGCCGGUGAAGAUGCAGAUUGCCCAGCAACGCCACUCCAUGCCACGUAGGAACCCCUACGGCAGGUACUCUACUUACGGCGAUGUGGAGAACUACGCCCCGCCGCCUACCGAGUUUGUGGGCGAGCUGACCACCACAACAACGACCACCAUAACGGCCAAGUCCACGGAGGAGCUCCUAGCUGCCUGCGACUGCCUGACCCCCCAGCAACAGGCGGCCAUCAAGGCGGCCCAGUACCAGCUUAGCCAGAAUCAGAAACUGACCCACCAGAACUCCUGCCAGAUGGGCUACUACUCGCACCUGCCACCGCCCACCGCCGACGUGGGCACUUCCACCAACAGCCAACAGGUGCACGGCCAUGCAGGUGAUGUCCAGACCGUUUCUGAGGCCACACGGUUGUAGGUGGCAUUAGUCUAGGCAGCACAGGAGCCUCUAGGAGAGGGAUACAAACAGGACCCGUCUAAAAAAUAUAAGAUGCAUUUUGAGUUACAGAUUAAUGGGAAUCAGUUCGAUUGCUGGUAGAACAAAAUGAUUUAUAAUUAACUAAAUAUAGUUAUAUAAUUAUAAUUUAUAUUGGGAAAAAAUUACAGUCAGUUGGCAAGCCAUCACUUAGAACAUAAAUUAAUGGUUUAUCAAAACCCUUUUAUUCAGUUUCCCAAUAUUGAACACUGAUAUAGUUUUCUAAAUUAAAAUUCUAAAUUAAUUAAAAUAAAGCACUGACAUUCAAUUCCGUUCGCGUCUCAAAAACCAUACAUCGAAGUAACUUAAAAUGGUAACAAAAGCCAAAUUUUAAAACCAAGAAUGAUUGAAUCAACAUGUAGCUAAAAUAUUCCAGUGUAUAAUCAGUUAGUUUCAAAUUCAUAAGAUUUAGAAUUAAAAAAAAAAGAUUAAGAGACAAUACACUCAAAAAUGAGUUGAAGAUGCCCAGAGUAGACGAUUCGAAAACUAUUAAAAUUUUAGGAAUUAUGAGACGGAAAUCUAUCGGGAAUAGGUGUAAAGCUAACUUUAUAUCUUAUAGGUAUGAAACUAACUGUGUAUGUACAUACAUAGGCGUGAGAUAUAACUAGGACGCAUUGACUUUAUGAUUUUUGGAUUUAUUUAAAGACUGAAAAGCCAUGCGCAUAUUCCAAAUGAGAGCAAGAUCUGGCGUCUUUUAAUGAUAGAUAGAGGAUUAUACAUAUAUGUAUACAUAUAAGUGUUUAUGCCAUAUAAUAUGGUUACUAUCAUUCAACUAGCUAUUGUUUUUAAAUGUAGCAUGUAUACAUUCCAAAAUAUUUAUAAUCAUAUACACAAGUACACAUAAAUUAACAUAUUUAUUGUAUGAUGUAUCCAAACAAUGUAAUUUAUUUCAUUGUGAUAGUGAAGAAGCAGGCACUUAAAACCGCAACAAUUUUAGUAGCAAUUUUAUCAUGCAACAAACCAAAUAUAAUUUAAAGCGCUUUUAUGUAAUGCGAAAGUAAAUGUUACUGUAUUUUAUUUAUUGCAAUAAAACUCAAAAAAUGUGUUCAUGUAGUGUGGCCCAUAGUAAAA